UGGCCGCCAUUUUCACGUUACUCGGCGCGUGAUGCCCGACAAGUUUUGAUGAUUUCGAGCGAGUUAACAACAACCGUCGAAAUAAUCUCGUGCUCGAGGGGACGUGAGCCAUGGCGGAGUAUUUAGCAUCUAUCUUCGGCACUGAGAAGGACAAAGUAAACUGCUCCUUCUACUUCAAAAUCGGUGCCUGCCGCCACGGUGACCGGUGUUCGCGUAUUCACAACAAGCCCACGUUCAGCCAGACAUGUCUACUCCAAAACCUGUAUGUAAAUCCUCAGAAUUCUGCCAAGAGCGCAGAUGGCUCUCACCUGGUUGCAAACGUAUCCGACGAAGAGAUGCAAGAACAUUACGAUAAUUUCUUUGAGGACGUCUUUGUCGAGUGCGAAGACAAGUACGGCGAGAUCGAAGAGAUGAACGUGUGCGACAAUCUCGGUGAUCACCUGGUAGGCAAUGUUUACAUCAAGUUUCGCAGGGAGGAAGAUGCGGAGAGAGCUGUGAACGAUUUAAACAACCGUUGGUUUGGCGGUAGACCGGUAUACGCUGAACUCUCGCCAGUGACGGAUUUCAGAGAGGCCUGCUGUCGUCAAUACGAAAUGGGAGAAUGCACGCGUUCAGGAUUCUGCAACUUUAUGCACCUGAAGCCAAUCUCGCGUGAGCUGCGCCGCUACUUAUACAGUCGCAAGAAGAGCGGCAGAGGACGAUCUAGAUCGCGUUCGCGUUCACGCGGCCGUGAUCGCAAGCGCCGAUCGCGAUCGCGCGACAGACGAUCGAGAUCCAAAGAUCGCCGGAAAAGGGACGACAAAGGCAGGGACGGCCGAUCUGGAAGAUAUUAAUUGUAGAGAAUUAUGUUUGUACGAAUAUUCAUUCCUCCAAGCAAUCAUCAUUUAACGGAUAGAUUUGCCGCGAACGAUACUAUCCUGCGUACUCCGGACAAAAAUAUAUAUGUCUUAUAUAUAUUUAUACGUAUAAUCAAUAGAAUUAGUGUACUUCAAUGCUGUGUCCUGAGUCUUGUUAAUAACUUAGCGGUCCUGAAGUAAUCGAAGGAUGUCGUUUUCGUGCAGUGAACAAUGACAGACACAAAUAAAAUAUAAGCAUAGAAAUAUAUAUUUUUUAUUUCGUGUUAUAUUUUUUUUUCAUAUAAAUUAUCGAACUUAAACAUAUACCGUGAAAAACGAUGCACGGGCUAGUGCGGUUUACGAAUACAACAAAAAAAUCCAUAUGCGCGCGUGCAUAUGCUUUCCGAAGA